UUUUGAGAUAAAAGGCGGAGUAGUAGUCAGUAGUACUCGAGUAUCUCCCCAUUCCUCCUCGCGUAAAAGAAAAUCUCCCGUCUCGUCGUCUCCGUUCCUUGCGCCAUCUCGCGGCUGAACAGGGGUCGCGAGCAGAGCAGGGGAUCCUGCUCAUAGAAUGGACGCUCAUGAUGGUGAGGCCGAUGAGUUGCCGCCGCCUCCUCCCGUACCUGCAAAUGUGGUGCCUAUUAAAGCUGAUGACGUUGAGAGCGAGGUGCCAGCAAACAAACCAGCAAAACCUAAGCGGUUUCCAAUGGCCAGGCCUGGUUUAGGGAGAAAAGGACAGCCAAUCCAGCUCUUGGCGAAUCAUUACAAAGUUUCUGUGAAGAGUAGUGAAGAAUAUUUCUUCCACUACAAUGUUAUUCUGAAGUAUGAGGAUGAUCGACCGGUUGAUGGGAAAGGGGUAGGUCGAAAGGUGAUUGAUAAACUGCAGCAAACCUACCGUUCUGAGCUUUCAAGCAAGGACUUUGCCUAUGAUGGUGAAAAGAGCCUGUUUACAAUUGGUGCUCUUCCACAAGUAACUAAUGAGUUCACAGUGGUGUUGGAGGAUGUUUCAACUGGAAAGACUGCUGCCAAUGGAAGCCCUGGAGGUAAUGACAGCCCUGGAGGUAGUGACAGGAAGAGAGUUAGGAGACCAUACCAGACCAAGACUUUCAAAGUGGAGCUGUGCUUUGCAGCAAAGAUCCCUAUGAAUGCAAUUGCUCAGGCCAUAAAAGGUCAAGAAUCAGAGAACUCCCAAGAAGCUCUCAGAGUUCUUGAUAUAAUAUUAAGGCAGCACUCUGCUAAACAGGGCUGCCUUUUAGUACGCCAGUCAUUUUUCCACAACAAUCCUAAUAACUUUGUUGACCUGGGUGGUGGUGUGAUGGGCUGUCGAGGAUUCCAUUCAAGUUUCCGUGGCACACAGAGUGGACUUUCUCUGAAUAUCGAUGUUUCGACAACUAUGAUUGUUAAACCUGGUCCUGUUAUCGAUUUUCUUCUUGCCAACCAGAAAGUUGAUCACCCUGACAGAAUUGAUUGGCAAAAGGCCAAGCGUGCUCUCAAGAACUUGAGGAUAAGAACCACCCCUGUGAAUUCAGAAUUCAAGAUCAUUGGUUUGAGUGACAGAAAUUGCAACGAACAGAUGUUUUCGUUGAGGCAGAGGAAUGGGAACAAUGGGGAUGUUGAUGAAGUUGAAGUUACAGUCUAUGAUUACUUUGUGAAAAACAAAGGCAUAGAGCUGCGCUAUUCUGGCAAUCUUCCUUGCAUAAAUGUGGGGAAACCAAAGCGUCCAACUUAUUUUCCAAUAGAGCUAUGCUCUCUUAUUCCACUACAAAGAUACACCAAAGCUUUGUCAACACUGCAAAGGUCCUCCCUUGUUGAGAAAUCCAGACAGAAGCCCCAGGAAAGAAUGUCAGUCCUUAAUGAUGCACUUCGACAUAGUAAUUAUGAUUCUGAUCCCAUGUUGAGGGCAUCUGGCAUUUCAAUUGCCCAAAAUUUUACUCAAGUUGAAGGAAGGGUCCUGCAACCCCCAAAGCUGAAAGCUGGCAAUGGUGAAGAUAUAUUCCCACGCAAUGGUCGGUGGAACUUCAACAAUAAGAAACUGAUUCAGACCUGUUCUGUCGAUAAGUGGGCAGUAGUUAAUUUCUCUGCACGCUGUGAUGUGCGAAAUCUUAUCCGGGACCUCAUAAGAAAUGCAUCUGCGAAGGGGAUUCAAAUGGCCGAACCUUUUGAUGUGUUUGAAGAGAGCCCCUCAUUGAGGCGAGCACCUGUAUCAAGAAGAGUAGAUGAUAUGUUUGAACAGAUAAAAUCGAAACUUCCUGGAGCUCCGAAAUUCCUCUUGUGCCUUCUUCCUGAGAGGAAAAAUUGUGAAGUUUAUGGUCCUUGGAAGAGGAAGUGUCUUGCUGAAUUCGGUAUUGUCACACAAUGCCUUGCUCCACAAAGAGUCAAUGAUCAGUACCUACUCAAUUUGCUAUUGAAGAUAAAUGCCAAGCUUGGUGGAAUAAACUCAUUGCUGCAAAUUGAAGCAUCCCCUUCAAUACCUCUUGUAUCGAAGACACCUACCAUCAUCUUAGGUAUGGAUGUGUCACACGGUCAACCAGGACAAUCUGAUAGACCUUCCAUUGCUGCGGUGGUUAGCUCUCGCCAAUGGCCUCUCAUCUCUAAAUACAGAGCAUCGGUGCACACUCAGUCACCUAAGCUAGAAAUGAUGUCUUCCUUGUUUAAGCCACGAGGAACUGAAGAUGAUGGCCUCAUUCGGGAAUCGCUGAUUGACUUCUACACUAGUUCUGGAAAACGGAAACCGGAUCAUGUUAUCGUUUUCAGGGAUGGAGUUAGUGAAAGCCAGUUUACUCAGGUCAUUAACAUUGAGCUUGAUCAGAUCAUUGAGGCAUGCAAAUUUCUCGAUGAGAAGUGGUCACCAAAGUUCACAGUGAUUGUUGCUCAGAAGAAUCAUCAUACCAAAUUUUUUCAGUCUGGAUCUCCAGAUAAUGUUCCGCCAGGUACUGUUGUGGACAAACAAGUGUGCCAUCCAAGGAAUUAUGACUUCUACAUGUGUGCUCAUGCUGGAAUGAUUGGAACGACGAGGCCAACACAUUAUCAUGUUCUGCACGAUGAGAUAGGUUUCUCCCCUGAUGAUCUGCAGGAGCUAGUGCACUCACUCUCUUAUGUGUAUCAGAGAAGCACAACAGCCAUAUCAGUUGUUGCUCCGAUUUGCUAUGCCCAUCUUGCUGCUGCUCAGGUGGGCACAUUCCUCAAGUUCGAAGAUAUGUCGGACGCGUCGUCCAGCCAAGGAGGUCAUACGUCUGUCGGAAGUGUACCGGUGCCUGAGCUGCCUCGCCUCCAUGAGAAAGUGAGGAGCUCCAUGUUUUUCUGCUGAUCGUGCCGCCUCUCGAUCAAAUGCUCGCCGACGUUGAGAAAUCCGGUGAUCGGCCUGGGGGAACUACUAGUACUUUUGCUUCUCAUAAUUAGGAACAUGUAUGGAACCUAUGUACCUGCCCUUGGCAUGCUGCCUGUGUCAUGGAUUAUCUGCUGGUAGGAGUAUCCUUUAACCAAACCCUUUUAGCUUUUAAGUUAGGUUUAAUGGACUGCUGUUUAGUAUGUGGUGUGGUGUUAGUAAGUUUCCAGACUUCGACAUUGUGCAGCUAUGCCUAUUGCUGGUUAUGGUCCCUUCCCUUCUAUGUAGCAUGUGCCGUUUCCCUUUGUC